AAGAGGAGUGAGAAAACCGGUUCUCUACGUGCGCUUUUGAUUGACGCGCGAGAUCCGCCGCUCGGCCGGUACUUGUAAUCAGAAAUCUCAUAUUUGAGAUCGCCUCGGCUUCGUCUUCACGGCCGGUAAAACAAUCCGUACCAUCCUGCGGAUCAAGAUUUUAUCGUAAUGCGUUCGGCCCAGACGCGUGGUUAUUCGUGACGUCGAGUGUACUUUUCUAUGUAAAACCUAUCUUCUUUUCUCUCUCUCUCUGAAAAUCUCCACUUUUUGCCUCAAAGCUAUUUUUCGCUAUUCGAUUUUGUGACAAAAAGAGUAAGAACGCUCCUCGAAUCAACACCGUCAUCGAUAUGUUUAUUAAAUAGUCACAGCUGGACCACAGAGCUACCAACUUAAGUCUUCUUGUUGAGCACACUGAAAAUACAUAGUUCACUGGUCUAUCAAGUUUACAAGCAGAAGGAUGAAUUCGUGUGAAAUAUUUUUGACAAGGUUUAGAGGAGCCUUGUCUACUGGAAACUGUGAAGCCUUGACGAACAUUUUGGAAAAGGAUGCCAAGGAACAACUCCAAAUCGUUUCAACCGAAUAUCUUGAAUUUCUGGUGGAUGGCAUACUUGGAAAAGAUAGUUUAUUAUGUUUUCUUGACUCAGCAUUUAACAAUCCAGAUUUUGUCUCAAGAAAAGAUUCUGAUAAUGUAUUUAUUAAAAGUUUUCAGUUCCUUGGUUUACUCAUUGAAAAUUUUUACCAGGUCUCAUGUUUUAAACAAUAUAUUUGUCAAAUUAAGGAUAUUUGUUAUAUGGUGCUGUGUAAAAAGUGUAAUUUCUACAUCCAGAAAGUUGCUUGUCAUACCUUUAUAAAAUUGAUAGAACGAUUUAGUAAUCAGGAUUUAAAGCUAGAUAGAAUAUUAAAGCAAUUUGUACUACAUGGAUUUCGUGUAAAUACCAUAAAGGAAAGAAGACUUAUAUACUGUGUGCUUGGUAAAAUAAUUAAACACAAUGAAAGCGUUCUUUUAUCACGGGUAUAUGUGGAUGCAAUUUUCAAGCGUUUGCGUGCUGAUGCAUUGGAAGAGUUUGUUCCUGGUGGUUUGGCGCAACCAAGUAAUAGCUUCCACAUGUACUUCAACGCUAUUUCGGAUAUGUUAGAUAAUGCUGAGCCACCGUACGAAAUAAAAGAUAAAUUUUUCCAAGACUCAUAUGGAUGGAUAAAAUCUGUUAGCAACUUGAACAACAUAAUUGUGUUAAAAUCAGCGAUCGAGCUUCUAGAUCGUCAUAUGAAAUGUUUCCGAAGCUUACUAUAUCCUGAUUAUCAGUAUUGGCACAGAUUUCUUCGACGUUUAUCAUGCGAGAAAGCUACUUCGGAUCGUGGACAGCACACGCUGAAAACAUUUUACAGAUUUAUUGGAGAGAUUCUCGAGGAACAAAGCAGAGAAGAAAGCGAAAAUGUGUUACUGUAUUUUCUGGACAAGUUUUACGAGGUAUUCGCAACUGCUAAUUUGGACUUAAUCACGUUGCGGCUAACCAUCUUCGGAUACAGUCGGAUAGUUGCAGCAUGCAAAACGCAUCUACCCGAAUACCACGUCAGGAAUAUGUAUUCGACUAUUACCAACUGUGCUCUCCCUCUUUGUUUCAGUGAGCGGAGCAAUUCGGCGAACGUAGAGAACGUAUGUUGCUAUCAGGAGGCGCUUUCUAAAAUGCUGUGUCACGUGUCCGACGUUACAACCGAAAAAAUAAACGUCCUCAUAAAACUCAGUACAUACACGAUCAAAAGAUUUCCCGACUUGGAGGUAUCCAGCAACGCGCUCGCCAUUUCGUCAUUAAUCAGCGUUAUCUGCAAUCUCGCGUCCACUGACAGAAAUUUGCUACAACGGUAUCUCGAUAGUACGAUUUACGACGGAGUCGCAUGGAGUUGUUCACACACGUUGGCCCUCGAUGCGGAGCUACAGCGGGAACUGUGGAAUCUGCAGCGGCCGCCGAUAUCCUACAAGAACUACCUGUCGUUGUGGACGCGGUUGCUGAACGUCGAGAAGUACGAGCGCUAUUCUACCGUGCAGCUGGUAGCGGAAACCAUGACGAACGUGUGUGCGACGCUGAUCAGCUGGCUAGACAUACGCGUGAAGCAGCAGUAUGAGGACACCGCGCUGUCCGACGUGGCGUUCACGCAGAGCGCUGUGAAUCAGACGGACUUCCGUGUCUUCAUGAACCUCGUGGACCUCUACGUCGACGUGAUGGACGCGUCGGCCGCGUCCCUCUACACCGACGUCAUACCUCAUUUUCUGCGCGAGAUCGUCAGACUGUCGUACAAGUAUCCGCUGAUAUCCGGCUUCUACAAGCUGGCGCGGGUCGCUCUGAAGAUCUUCGACCGCACCACCGAGAAGGAGGAGAGCGAGAUUAAGCUGGUGGUAUCCAGCUACUUGGCGAACACCCUCGAGCUGCUUCCCACGUUCUCCAAUGAGCUACUGAUCGCGUGCCUCUACCUCGUUCUGGAUGCGCCCGGGAUCUCCUACGUCGUGCCAUCCGCGCGUCUGAUUCCGGCUUUCAGAAUCGCCUUUACCAUGGGUCUGAGCGAUCUGGAACUCGCGUACUGCGCGCUCGCCGCUCUGAAAGUCUGGACAGGUAACCGACGGUCGCGGGAAGACGAACGUACGAACGAGUCCCUGCUCGAAAUCGUGCCCCACCUGGAGUCGUACUUGCGCAGCACGGAGAGCGCCGUCGAGAUAUCGCAGGAGCUAACAACGACGAAGAAGGCGAGACUGAAGCGGAUAGGCCUGAUCGACACCGAGUGCACAUUGCGCAACUUCCAACGGCAAAUACUACUGUUCCUCGGCUCACUCGAUUACGACGUACUGUCCAGCUUCUUGCACGAGCGCUCGCUCAACACCGGCACGUCCUGGGACCGAAAGGAUCUGCUCAGGUAUGUCUUAUUGCUGCCGGAUGCGCGUCUGACGCUCCACUUUGACCGGAUGCUGCCGCGCGUGAUCACGCUGGCGCGCGGCUCAAGCGACAGACGCACCAGAAUCGCCGCGUGCGAAGUGUUGCAUUCGAUGGUCACAUUAGUGAUCGGUUCGACGGUGCGACGCCUGUCUGACCUGGAAGACUCGAUCGUAACAUUAUACGCGCCGUUGUGUCCGGCUCUGCUCGCGCUCGGUUGCGACACCGACGAGGUGGUACGGGAUCUCUUCCGACCAUUCACGCUGCAGCUGAUGCACUGGCUGAGCUCGCGAAUCAUGUUGCUAUCGUCUGUGACGUCGCUCGUGCUCGACUGCCUCUUCGAUAGCCUGUGCGAUGAUGCGAAUUCGUCGUUGCGCGAGUUCGCCGGCUUAUGCCUGGCCGAAUUCACGUCCUGGUCCAUCAAACAGGCGUCGCACGAACGAGACAUGCAGUCGAACGUGCAGCAGGUCGUACGCAAGAUCAAUCACUUCGCUCUACAUCCGUCUGCGCGCAAACGCGUGGCUGCCGCUGUGGCGUUCAAUCAUCUGUACGUGAUCCUGCGCGAGGACGAAGAUAUAGUGUCAACCUACUGGCUGGAGAUGUUCUACUGUUUCAUUCGCAGCAUGGACGGAUGCGAGAACCCAUCGAUCACGAAAGCGCUCAACCACAUUGAGAAGGUAAUGGGAAUUAAGGCAGACGUCCUGAACGUGGCCGCCCGGGACAGGAGGAAACCGCACGAUUUCGACGAUGCGACAUUGACACACGCUCUCUACUGGCUGCUGUCGCAAUGCGGCGUCCUCGACGAACAUUGCCGAGCCACGUGUAAGGAGCUGUAUGUUAACAUCUCGCAAUACACAGUCGAUGGGUCCGCGCAGGAGGUGACGCGGACUUUCGUCGAGACUUACAAGAUGGACCGAUUGAACAACAUAAUUCUGAGUGGUCUGAAGCCAAACGAGGAGGAUAUUUCGACCAUUCACAUAAAAAAUCUGUUGAAGGCUUUGGACUACUACACGUGGUUGAUAGAGAAACAGCUGCUGCCGAUAGAAAAUCUUUUUCCGGUACACACGCAGGAGCACGCAAUCUUCGCUUGCAUUCGUCAAUUUUCUCGUCAGUUCCUGCAAACAGUCAGAAUCGCAGCGACGACGAAGUUCAGAGAGUUCGACGAGCUACAAACGCUGCAGUGCAAAACUGUGAUGGCCACGUUGAAUUUCGCACAAGUGCUGCUAAACGUCAACGACAUCGUCGAUGUUCUGCCGGAAUCGCUGUGGAACGAGUCGUUGUUCGCAUUGACGAUUGAGUGCGUGAUGCAUCCGGUCGGCUUUGACGUCAAGAACAUCCAAAUAACGGACGAAUUACCGCAUGUCUUGGAGACUUUGUUAAAUGCCAUGAGCUCACGGUUCAACGACAUUUUAGCGCACAACUUCAGGAGGUGUCUGUCGAAUGUCGUUCGGGAGUGCGUUCCGCCGCUUUUGAAUUUACACUACCUAGUACUGAGGGACUCUUACGACGAACAGAUCCGGCAUGUUAACGGACUGAUGAUUCUCGAGCGAUGUAAUUGGCUCGACCGAACGAUUCCGGAGAUAAGUGCUUUCGCAAAUCGCACGGACACGAUCGAACAGAUUUUCAACUUUCUGGUGAGCGAAAACAGAGAGUUGAUUUGCAGCGAUUUGAGCGCGCAGAUGUUCGAAUAUCUGCGAGCUCUGAUGAAAUUGCAACUUCUGCGACACGAGGCGUCGACGAUCGAGAUAUUAGUGAGGCUGAUGUCAAACGACACUUUGAUAAUCGGCGCAGACCUCGCGAAAAUCACGCACGGCGAGUACUUUCUGAACAGGUUCAGCAACGUGAUAUUCACGUACGUGUUGACGAACGCGGACGAUGUUACGUUCGUCCUCGACAAGCUGUCGAGCGACAGUCCCGCGUUCCUGCUGAAAUGGACCGAGGAUAUGCUGCUGCAUCUGAAACGACACAGGCGCGCGCUGCGGGAACACGUGAACGCCACGGUGGACGUGAUUCUCCGGCGAUUCGCGUGUCUGAAGAGCGCCACGGCCGGCAGCCACACGGAGAGACUGAUCAGUAUUUACAGUAUCGCAGUGCGUCUCGUGCCCGAGCCGACGGAGAUCAAGCGGAAUCCCUCAUACAGCGAGCUGCGCAAUUGGAUAGUACAGCAGGUGGUCGAGAGCUGUGACAUCGAGUACAAGACGCAGAUCUUGCGGAACUUUCUCGUGUGCCUGACGGACGCGACCGACCGCUUGGAAGACAAGAUCUACCUAAUGUACCUGUACACGCUGAAGGACGACCGGGAGUCUCUGUGCCCGCAGCUCUCAAACGACAUGACGGGGAACGCCAUGAAGGUGGUCAACUGCUUCGAGACGCUGCUCACGCUGCUCUCCGUCACCUGUUCGGUCGUCGUGCUCGACUACCUGAUUAAUUUCGCCGCCGGCGCCGGCAAAUCCCUCUUCAGCGACAAGCUGAAGGAGCAUCUGCGCGAGUACUACCGCCGGGAGACGCCCAACGCCGCGGAGCGCGUACUCUGCUCCCUGGAAAUGACGUAUCGGAGGUUCAUCCAGAACGUGAACGUGCAGGAGAGACUCGACGUUCUGCGAGAGUUCCUCUUACCGGCCUUCGAUUGUUGCGACACGCCCACGAUCGAGCGCUUCUUCGAGCGUAACAUCCGCGAGCUGCGCGCGAUCAGCCACAAAGACAUCAGCAACGCGGACGUUCUGCUCGUGUCGAAGAUCGGCUGCUACCAGCUGCUGGCGAUCAUGUGCACCCGGCUGGAGGAGAGCAAGUUGAUCGACGCGGACGGCGCGAUCGUGCAGAAAUCCGGUCUCGAUAACGUCCAGACCGGCCGGGAACUUCUUCAGAGUCUGUUGACGGACGCGAUGACAGUGCGGGAGCUGAAAAUCGUUUCGGCGUGUCGCGAGAACGUGCGUCUGCUGCACUGCUCCGCGUACAAUUUCAGCCUGGCGGUGGUGAGUCUGAAGGAGGAGGUGAAAUACUACAACCUGGCGUUCGGCGAAAAUCACCAGCGUAAUUCUUUCAUCUGGAGGAACAUCAUCGACUGCGACAAACAUUACCAUCUCAGCCAGACUUUCGACAAGUAUCCGAAGAACCGUGAGACCACCGUCAACAUCAGGUCACCCGCCAUUGACGAUGGCCGGACGGGAGAAACGAGCAGCCGACGUGGAUACUCGCACGUUCACAGUUACGAUCUGUCGUCCUGCUCCCUGAGCGAGGAUAUCAACGCCUACGACUUCAAUAAAUGCGCCUUGCUACCGAGUUCGGUUAGGGGUUUCAAGUGGGAACGGAGCACGAUGAACGUGGUGCUGGAGAGCGACGAUUUCAACGAGCACGAGUGCAUGCCGAGCAUCUGCGGCAUACUGCGACGGUUCAGCGGCCUUCCGAAAGUUUCCGAGAUGGAGUUAGCAGAGCCCAAGUGGCUCAAGUCCUUCGUUUCGAGCAUGCAGAAGGACGUUCCUCGCAAUAUCCGACUCUUCAUGAUGAAGAUCGUCUGUAACCUGGCCGACACCGCGUUGAAACCGUACGCCAAGUUCAUGCUGUCGGGGAUCGCGCAGGCGGUCGCUGAUUACUUGAGAACGGACGAUCUCAAUUACAUCGUCACCGACGUUCUAGAGGUAUUGACGGCUUGGCGGGACGGCGUCACAGACGACGAGAUCACGGACAGCGGGAAAAUUCGGAAUCUGUUCAACGCGCUCGUCGGCAAGGUACUCAGACGACGAACGAGCAACAAGCGCGUGUACAACUACAAUCUCGGGCUGAUCCAUACGAUGGCGAAGAAGUGGCGCGGUUGCUUGACGGAAUCGAUCGCCUGCCUAGUCGGGAAGAUGGGCUCCGCACAGGAAGCCGCGAUAGAUCUCAUUGUAAGAUUGCUCCGCGACGACGACGAAAUGGCGCGCGAGAUCAUCGACGAGUAUCUGACAGAGGACAUUGUUGAUCUUCUGCUGAGACCAUUGCGCGACUGGAACGCAGCCGAGGAGGAUGUACUACGAUGCUGCGAAUGUCUCGGAUGGCACCUGAGAUUGCAGCGGGACACCGCGAGGAGAGAGAACGUGAAACAAAGGAUCUUCGAUAUCCUCAGCUCGCCGCCGAGGACCACGCAACGGUCGAUUUACACCGAGAAACAGUUGAAGCGCAUCGUCGUCCUGUGUAGAACAUAUCCCGACCUGGCCGUGGACUACAUCACCGUCGUGAUCGAUAUCACGUCCGCGGAAAAAAAUCGGGCCUACUGUCUGGAGGUAUUCGCGAUGUCGAUACCGCAGCUCCGCAACGCGGCAAGCAUCGUGAGCAACCUGCAUCGCGUAGAGCUGCAGAGCGUGCUGGCGAACCGAGAGUCGUUUUGCGAGACGAUAGCGCUACGAAUCGUCCGCGAGUCAGUCGACACGGCGAUCUCGCCCGCGGACCUGCUGCCCUACGUGAAACUGGUGAUUCCGUAUAUCGAGGAUAAUUCUAUGGAACACCGAGGGCUGGCCUACGACGUGCUCAUGAGCGUCUACAAGAAGUACUCCGCGGACUCGGAUGACGAGAGCGCGACGACUCUGCGGUCGGAGAGCACGCGGAACCUGCUGGCCGCGUUGCUGGAUCCUUCGCAGGAAUUGCAGGCGCGCGUGCUGCGCUUUUGGACGGAGGAGACUGAUUUGGGGACGGAUCGCUCCAAGGAACGACUGAUCGCCGUGCUGGAUCUCAGGACGAAGACGAAUGCGCGUAUGAGCCUCAAAGAGGAGGACGCGUACACGCUGCUCGUGCCACUGCUGAUGCUGCAGUUAGCCAGCCUGUCCAGGGACUACACCGAGAAGGUGUUCGAUGUUCCCCUGCACAAUUGCACCUACGAGGACUACAGGAUCGCUGUGCGCUGGCGCAGGCCGAACCUCAGCCUUGCCACGCCGAUGUUCGUCAACUCGCUCGCCUCGCAGAUGAGCUGCACCCUGAGCGUCGACAACAAUUACGGAACUUACGAUCCGUCUCAUGAAGCUCUGAGACUUCGCGCCACGCAGGAUCUGCAGUUCGAACCGACUAUGAUCGACGACGAUGAAGCUGCAAACAUGGACGAUAACUCGUUACUCAAUGACACAUUCGAUCGGCCAACGACAUCUUCGAGACAGUCGCGGCCGACUUCGACCGUCAGGAGAUUCCCGAGAUUUCUGAAGUCGCCGGACGUCGGGGAAAAGAUUCGCAAUCAGCACAUACAGAAGAACUUGGAAUGGCAAGAGAUGAUCAAGCAGGAGAACAUCAAGCAGAGAAACAGCGCGAGUCUAACCAGGGAUUACAGGAUCGGAGAUUUCCCCGACAUCCAGAUACCUCACUCGAGUCUGAUUAAGCCGCUUCAACAGCUGAUCAAAUUGGACGGAUUAAUUCGCAAAGACGUCGCUGUGUUCUUGUUCUGCUCCUUGAUCGAAGAAACCGUGGACAAGGAAAAUUCCGAUAAUUUCCAUCGAAGCGUUGUCACAAGUCUGAAGCGAAUCUUACACGAUGGCGAUAAGGACAGCGCUUUCAACGCCGUGAUUUUGGAGACGUUGCUGAAAUUGAACGUCACCGAUUUCGACUCGUGCGACAUAGUAAGAGUCUCUAAGAGGAACGGCUUGAAUGCUCUCGGUGUUCUUCUCCUGGAACGCAGUUUACGGCCUGACGCGAGCUAUCUCGUUGACUUGUCGCCCCCCUCAGAAAAGAAGAUGAAAAGAAGAAACGAGGAUGACACAGACGACAACGAUCGGGCGAGAAUUGAUAAGUGGGCGCAGUUGGCGUCUCUCUACAAAUCACUCGACGACGUCGACUCCGUCUUAAGUAUCUUUCGUGAGCAAUCCUAUGACAAGAACGUACAGGAAGCGACUGUCGCGAAUGCGAGUGGCGACUGGUCGCGCGCGAGGAAGGCGUUCGAAAGGGCUUACGAGUCGACGAAGGUUGUACCGUCGUUGCACGAGUACUGCGUGGAAGGAUUGUUCGGGACGAUGGACGACCUGUGCGACUGGUCAAAGAUCAACGAGCUCGUGAUCCAGGCUAACGGCGACUUGACAAGCGUCUGGAACAGCCCGUGCCGAGACUGGAUGAUUACACGCAUGUGCGACGCGUACGUGCAAAUGUUGGCGGACGACCCCAGAAGCUGGGAGACCAGUGACGAUGAUCUGCGAAUGAUCGAAUCGUGGAUAAACGAUCCCAGCCGAAUGGAGCACGUCAAAUCGCAGGUAGGCGAGAACCUGGUCGUGUUCCUGCUGAAGGGUCCACCGAGGAAAACGGGCGAUCUGCUCUACGAUCUUCUGGACAAGACGGGAGAGCAAUGGGUCAGGUUGAACUCGCUCAGCACCGAGCUGGGGAUGCGCAAAUUACGGAAGCUGCAGCUCAUGAGCGACUUGGACGCCACGUUGAAGGUCCUCCGGUACACCGACAACGCGGAUUACUUGGACAAGAUGGCCACCGUGCUGAACUACUGGGCGGCGAAAGCACCGACGACGCGAGACAAUCUCGUACAAUGGAACAAGUUAGCCGCUUAUCGAAGAUAUUCUUCGAUGCUGUUCGACUAUACGCUGGAUAACAUUGCAGACGAGGACUGCGUUGGACGCGCCCAAGAUAUCAGAAUACGGAUACGUCAGGCGAAUCACCAUAUGUGGCUGGGCAUCAUCGACGCGGCGUUGAAACAGAAGCACCGGUAUAUCGCGAAAAAGCACUCGAAUUACCUGCGGAACGUCUCGGCCGAGCUGCAGCCUCGGCGGAUGCUGCUCGAGGCGAAGAUCAAGUGCAUGUGCGCCAAUCUCGAGGCGGACGCGCGCGAGAAGAUGAGCCACUACGCCGGCUCCUGGAGUGACUCGCAUGGGUUGCUGAAUGACGACGUCGGCGUCAACACGAGUAUCGCUGUGAGGGAACACAUCGGCGCUCUGGCCUGGACGAUCGAGCGUCUGACCAGAGAGAGCGACGUCUUCGCCAAAGCGUUGCUGACGGUCGGCCACGAAGAAGGCGGGAUCCUCCGAGACAUAGGCGCGGAAGAGUCGGACAACCUGGCCGGCGUGAGAGAGCUCCUGCUGCAGUACGGCCUGAACAAACUAAGGUCCUGCAGUGACAAAGCGUCAACGGUGACGGCGGCCAGCCGCAGCAUCGGUGAGCACUAUUACGCCUUGACCAGACACUGCUACAGCCGGCUGACGGACGGCAGGGUCACGAGCGAGGCGGAGAAGAACGAGAUCUUCCUGGAUUUCGUGUUCGCCACGUUGCAGGCCAUGUACCACGAUUAUCACGAGGCUACUCACUACUUCCCCUGCCUCUUGCGUCCCGAAUGGCUGCUGCGAAACGACACGGCGCAACAAAUAUUCCAAGGAAAGUCCGUCAAGCCGCAGCCGUGGCUCUUCCUGCGCUGGCGGGACCUGCUGUUCUCCCACCUGGGCACGUCGAUCGCGUUCCUGGUCGUACCCAUCGUCGAGAGGCUCGCCGAGAAGUAUCCCGACGCGGUCGCCUACACGUACCACUUGGCGGUGGAGAAGAACCCCGCUCUGUCGCGCGAUCGUGCGACCCAAAGGAUCCGUGAGCUUCUGCGGGGCAAGGUGGCCGAGGUCCGGCAGUUUCUGUCAGCGAUACAGUACGUGGCGCAGCCGGAGCUCUAUCUGAAGUAUCACCUAAAUGAGGCGACGAAGCAGCUGUCCGAGGGAGGAAACGCCCUCGCCUCGUUGUUGAGCAAAGUCUAUAGACCUGCGGCGGGCCCUCGACCGGGCAGCGUGUACAACGUGAUCGCCAAGUACGAGAGCAUGAUAAGGGCGUUGAAUCCAGCGGAUUGCGACGCCACGCGAGCGAGUAUCCAGCGCAUCAAGGAUUUGUUGGACGAGUCUCUCAAGAGUCGCGCCAGCAAGAAGAGGCUCAAGGAGUACAGCCCGUUCUUGCACGCGUAUGUGGGCGGCGAUAUCGAGAUACCUGGGCAGUACAGCGGCAACCGAGAACCCAUGCCGCGUUACCACGCCAAGAUCGCGAGGAUAGACCCGAUCGUGGAUGUGAUGCGUUCGCUGCGCAAGCCGAUUCGCAUCAGCAUGAUCGGCGAGAACGGGCGCGAGUACAAGUUUCUGGUGAAGUUCGGCGAGGAUCUGACGAUCGAUCACGGCCUGCAGCAGCUGUACGCCACCAUGAACAGGACGCUGUCCAACGACACCGCUUGCAGGCAAAGACGGCUAAUGAUAGACACGUACGAGGUGAUACCUUUGUCGAGAUCGUUCGGCCUCAUACAAUGGAUCGAAGAUACGAAAUCCCUGGAGGAUCUGGUGUGGUUCACGCUGUCGAAGACGGAGAGCAAUCAGUGCGAGAAUAUUCUCAAGAACUAUAUGAGGUGGAUAGAGAACGCGGCGCCUUCCUGCAGACGGCUCAGCGAUCAGUACAAGGCAGCCACGGUCAGGUACAAUCAGACGGAAGUCAAGACGAAGAUGGAGCAGUUGAUCGCCAAGACCAAGAAAAGCGCUCUACGUGACGCCUUCACUGUGAUCAGCCCGUCACCGGAGAGCUUCGUGACGUUGCGACGUAACUUCGUGGCAAGUUACGCAACGAUGUGCGCAGCGCAUUGGAUCUCGGGCGUCGGUGACCGCCACUUGCAGAACACCUUGGUGGUCGUGGGCUCUGGACGAUGCCUCGGCAUCGAUUUCGGCUACGUUUUCGGCAGCGGCAUAUGCGGCCCAGUGCCGGAACUCGUGCCGUUCCGUUUGACGCCGCAGAUACUGGAGUUACUACAGCCCUUCACCGAAAAGCAUCUCUUGAGCACAAUCAUGACUCACGUGAUGCGAGCCCUGCGAGAUGACAAAGGCCCGAUCCUCGCUUGCAUGGAUAUCUUCGUUCACAAGCCUGUUUAUCGUUCAAACAUCAAUGGUGAAGAUACCGAUACAGACUCGAUACGGUCAUUUAAAAGAAAUAUCAUGACGGUUGAGAAGAAAUUAAACGGGAUCCAUCCAUCACUUAUCACGGUAAAGCAAUUAAAAGAAGCGCACAAUGAUGAGUACUUUACAAAAUGUCGAGCUAUUAUCAUCGGCAAUGAGUCUAUGAAAGUACGGGGAGCUGUGCAAAACGACUGUUUGACACCUACCGAACAGGUGAACUGUUUAUUGGAUCAAGCGACGGACCUCAAUGUCUUGGGCCGUAUGUACUCCAAAUGGCAACCUUGGCUAUGAUGCCAAAAAUUUAAAUAUGGUAUUAUAUAACAUACGUUAAAAUUCCCUAAAACACAAAAAUAAAUGUUUAAGAUUUAAA